UUGCUGUCAUGUUGUCAAAUGUCAUUUGCAGUGUAAGACGUCCGGGGUCGGCUCUACAGAGAUUUUAAAACAUUUCUUUGCAAUAUAGUGAUCCAUAUUUUGGAUCACAGUUUUAAUCUGGGUUUCAUUAAAAACAUCUUAGAAACGAUGAGUAAAUUACUGCCAUCCGCUGCCAAAUUUUUAACUUCUUCCACUAUCCCGAAAGCUGCCGCCCCGGUAGUUUCGACAUCAAGCUCGAAAUUCAGCACGAAAUCUGAAGCUACAUUUGAAAUUAAGCCCUACAAACUCCAUAAAUUGGAGCAGGGACCUGCAACAUCAGCAACACUUUCUUCUGAAGAUGCACUCAAAAUGUACGAGAAGCUUGCAAUGCUACGAAGAAUUGAAACUGCAUCAGGCAAUUUGUACAAGGAAAAGAUUAUCCGAGGCUUCUGUCAUUUGUACUCAGGACAAGAAGCGGUAGCUGUUGGAAUGAGAGCUGCAAUGCGUGAUGUAGACUCUGUGAUCACUGCCUACCGUUGCCAUGGAUGGACUCAUCUUAUGGGUGUCAGCGUUUUGGGUGUACUAUCUGAGCUAACUGGUCGCAGAACUGGCUGCUCAAGAGGCAAAGGUGGUUCUAUGCAUUUAUAUGGCAAGAAUUUCUAUGGUGGCAACGGUAUUGUUGGAGCUCAGGCUCCGUUAGGUGCUGGUAUUGCAUUAGCACAUAAAUACCGUGGUGAUGGAGGGGUUUGCUUCACAUUGUAUGGAGAUGGAGCGGCUAACCAGGGCCAGUUGUUUGAAGCGUACAACAUGGCCAAGUUAUGGGACCUGCCUUGUGUCUUUGUCUGUGAGAACAAUGGAUAUGGUAUGGGUACAAGUGUGGACAGAUCAUCUGCCAGCACGGACUACUAUUCCCGUGGGGACUAUGUGCCUGGUAUCUGGGUAGAUGGUAUGGAUGUUAUAGCUACAAGGGAGGCGACGCGGUAUGCUAUCGACUACUGUAAUAGUGGAAAAGGUCCGUUAGUUAUGGAGAUGGAGACAUACAGAUACUCGGGGCACUCAAUGUCUGACCCUGGCACUUCAUACCGCACACGUGAUGAGGUACAGGAGGUGCGCCAGACGAGAGACCCCAUCACCUCAUUCAAGGAGAAGAUCCUCAGCAGGGAGCUGGUGACACCUGAUCAAUUGAAGGAAAUCGAUGCUCAAGUCCGUAAAGAGGUGGACGAGGCCACCAAGCAGGCCAAGUCGGAGCCCGAGGUGGGCCUGGAGGAGCUCACUGGAGACAUCUACAGGAACAACCUGGAGUCCCUCAUCCGGGGACUUCACCCCGCCGCGCCUCUACAACACUAUGAGGUCGCGCCUCGAAACUGAACCUUAUGUGAAGGUAAUUGAGUUGUUUUUCCCAUUAGUAUAUUUGUAAUGCCACAUUAGAUAAUGCCCCAUUUACAUUCUUCCAGUACAGUGAUUGAAACCAGCGCUGGAUUAUAAAUUGUAAAAUGUAAACUUAGUCUUUGAAUU